AUGGCUCGAAGGAGCCCUCCCAGCAGCAGCCUUGAGCCAGCAGAGCCGGCGUGGAGCCGGCACGGCCACCGAGUCACCCACAGAGCCGGCGUGGAGCCGGCACGGCCACCGAGUCACCCACAGAGCCGGCGUGGAGCCGGCACGGCCACCGAGUCACCCACAGAGCCGGCGUGGAGCCGGCACGGCCACCGAGUCACCCACAGAGCCGGCGUGGAGCCGGCACGGCCACCGAGUCACCCACAGAGCCGGCGUGGAGCCGGCACGGCCACCGAGUCACCCACAGAGCCGGCGUGGAGCCGGCACGGCCACCGAGUCACCCACAGAGCCGGCGUGGAGCCGGCACGGCCACCGAGUCACCCACAGAGCCGGCGUGGAGCCGGCACGGCCACCGAGUCACCCACAGAGCCGGCGUGGAGCCGGCACGGCCACCGAGUCACCCACAGAGCCGGCGUGGAGCCGGCACGGCCACCGAGUCACCCACAGAGCCGGCGUGGAGCCGGCACGGCCACCGAGUCACCCACAGAGCCGGCGUGGAGCCGGCACGGCCACCGAGUCACCCACAGAGCCGGCGUGGAGCCGGCACGGCCACCGAGUCACCCACAGAGCCGGCGUGGAGCCGGCACGGCCACCGAGUCACCCACAGAGCCGGCGUGGAGCCGGCACGGCCACCGAGUCACCCACAGAGCCGGCGUGGAGCCGGCACGGCCACCGAGUCACCCACAGAGCCGGCGUGGAGCCGGCACGGCCACCGAGUCACCCACAGAGCCGGCGUGGAGCCGGCACGGCCACCGAGUCACCCACAGAGCCGGCGUGGAGCCGGCACGGCCACCGAGUCACCCACAGAGCCGGCGUGGAGCCGGCACGGCCACCGAGUCACCCACAGAGCCGGCGUGGAGCCGGCACGGCCACCGAGUCACCCACAGAGCCGGCGUGGAGCCGGCACGGCCACCGAGUCACCCACAGAGCCGGCGUGGAGCCGGCACGGCCACCGAGUCACCCACAGAGCCGGCGUGGAGCCGGCACGGCCACCGAGUCACCCACAGAGCCGGCGUGGAGCCGGCACGGCCACCGAGUCACCCACAGAGCCGGCGUGGAGCCGGCACGGCCACCGAGUCACCCACAGAGCCGGCGUGGAGCCGGCACGGCCACCGAGUCACCCACAGAGCCGGCGUGGAGCCGGCACGGCCACCGAGUCACCCACAGAGCCGGCGUGGAGCCGGCACGGCCACCGAGUCACCCACAGAGCCGGCGUGGAGCCGGCACGGCCACCGAGUCACCCACAGAGCCGGCGUGGAGCCGGCACGGCCACCGAGUCACCCACAGAGCCGGCGUGGAGCCGGCACGGCCACCGAGUCACCCACAGAGCCGGCGUGGAGCCGGCACGGCCACCGAGUCACCCACAGAGCCGGCGUGGAGCCGGCACGGCCACCGAGUCACCCACAGAGCCGGCGUGGAGCCGGCACGGCCACCGAGUCACCCACAGAGCCGGCGUGGAGCUGGCACGGCCACCGAGUCACCCACAGAGCCGUCAGCAUUGGCUGGGAGCGCAAGAUGCCACCCUGGUCUUGGUAG